UUUCGGCGUAUACUUUCUUGCACAAGAAAAGAUUAAGCGGUUAACGAAAAAGAAUAAAAAUAUAUUUAAAAACUAUAAAAUAAGUCCAAAUCUAAUUGAAACGUAAAAUAAUUAACACAGACAACCAAAUAUAUUUAGAAAAAUAGGAAAAUACCAAUAGUAGUCGUAGUGACAAGUCCCACUCGCCAACUCUCACCUGUCGAACGAUAGACGUAAACAUACCAUGUCGGCCAAAGGAAUUUUCGUGGUUUUUGCCCUACUCUCGUGCUUCUCCUUCAUCCACGGGUACUUCGUCACUGUCGAUGCCCACGCGGAAGAAUGCUUCUUUGAAAAAGCCACGACAGGGACCAAGCUGGGAUUGGCUUUUGAAGUAGCUGAAGGUGGAUUCCUUGAUAUAGAUAUAAAGAUUAUGAGCCCAGAUGGCAAUAUCGUCCAUGAAGGAGAGAGGGAGAGCAACGGUCGUUACACCUUCCCAGCAAGCAUGGAUGGGGUCUAUACCUAUUGCUUCUCAAACAAGAUGUCAACAAUGACCCCCAAAAUUGUCAUGUUCUCUAUGGAUGUUGGGGAGCCAGAUACCAAGUCUGCUAGUGCUGGAGGCACUGGGGAAGAAGGUUACGGAAUGGACCCAUAUUUCCAGCCAGCAGUGACGUCUGAAUCCCCUUUCAAAACAGGAAUGUCUACAGAGUUCCCUUAUCAGGCAGGAAUGUCAUCACCACCACCACUGCCAUACCAGCCAGGGUUGUCGCCACGACCAUAUUACAUCCCAGGUGAAGGAGGCAACAAGAUGGAAGACAUGAUCAGGGAACUGUCUGCUGCACUUUCUGGUGUUAAACAUGAACAGGACUACAUGGAAGUCCGGGACAGAAUUCAUCGCUCCAUUAAUGACAACACUAACUCUCGUGUUGUGUUGUGGUCUGUGUUCGAGGCUCUUGUUCUUGUUGCCAUGACUGUAGGUCAGGUAUACUAUCUCAAACAGUUCUUUGAAGUACGAAGGGUUGUGUAAAAGCUAAAAUUAAUAUUCUUAAGGAUUUUAUAUGAGCCUUAAAUUUCUGUAUUAUGACCAUUAGAAAUUUGAAUUUCCCAAUUAUUUAUUAAUGCUUUUAAGACUAGAAAAACCUUUAUAACUGAUUUCAUCUGCUAUCCAGUAUUAAAGCUUAAAAAUGAGUUUAUAUAUCUGUGCACAAUGUUUCAACAAUAAAAGAUUUUGUAGAUGUUACUAGGAAUUAACACCUUUAAAUUUCCAUCACACAAGAUGAACACUUGACGAGAUCAUCUGUAUAUAUGAGCUAUAUAUAAAUAUAAUCUUCCAAUUUAAUGAAUUAAGGAAUAAAUGACUAUAAAUGGUGUUUAAUAAAAUUACUGAUUUUGAAAAAUAAAAAAAUACAAAGGUAAUGGUUUCAUUCUUGAGAUCUUAAUCUGUAAAUAGAGGUCUGUAACAUCGGAUUAUGUUUAGUCACAUAAUGAUUAUAAUUAGAAAUGUAUGCAAGUUCAUAAGUACUGUAAUGAGAAUUAUAUGAAAGUUCACAGAUAAUUAUAAUUAUGAUUAUCUAGAACUGUAUCUGUUGCGUCCUAAGCCUUAAAGGUAAGCAUAAAUGUGCUAUUCUCACCAACUAAUUUUUUUGUUUUGUUUGGCAUGAAUGAGUGUAAAGCACUAUUAGAAAAAAUUGGCUUCCACGCACCAAUGAUUGAUUUCCAGUCGAGAUAGUUAAUUUUUACAAAUUAAUUGAUCUUUGCACAAGUGUUAAAUUCAAAAUUAUGCCAGUGCUGAUAUUGAAUUGAGCUUUGGUUUUGGAAACAAAGACUAAAGAGAUAGUGAUCUGUUUCUGUUAUAUAUUAUGUUACAGCUUACUUUUUAGAAAGAAAAUGUAUGGAUUUUUUCUUCAUAGUUUUGUAUGUUGAGGUUUAACAAAUGAAAGUUUUAUAAAUU